UAUCGUUUGCUUUGCAACACAAUGCAGGUGUUUCUGGGGCAGUCAACGCGGAGGUGGUUGGGUUGACCCGCUGACCGUUUUGGCACACCUGAGCCGAGACUGACUGCGAACGAACCGGCUCAGCCUGGCCAUGCCGUACGGGGCCCCGUAGCGCAGGCCCCGGGACCCUGCCGCUAUAAAAGCCGGGCACGCCGGCUUACUAGUAUAAUCAUACAGCUCUCCAGCUAGCCACUACUCAGCCGGUUAGCCUUCGUAGCCUCUUACAGCAGCCCUCGAGCACACAGCCUCUUACUUGCUACUUCUUGCUACUUCUUGUCGCGACCCACUUCGCUCUUCACGCCUCCCAGCUCCCUGCCCACCGCACUAGCUAAGCACCACUCGCUUGUGUCAGUGCGACUCCAAGUUGCCCGCCCGCGUCCGUUCACGCCGCGUACCAGCUCUCCGCCAGCUCGCUCUCCUACACUCGUCCCUUUACGUCUUUCUCCCUAAGAAUGUGCCUUCCGAUCCUCGUCAAGUCUCUGGAGCACGCUAAGCAGCGCGCCAAGCAGCAACAGGUUGUCGACUGCGGCCUGCGGAACAGGCCCGCUCCGCCCGGCGAAGAGAGCCCUGUGCUCCUUGUACAGCUGUGCGCGCUGCUGUGCACGGCGCCCGCCGGUGGGGUGAAGCCCUACCGGCCCGAGUCCCGCUUCAUGCGUGGCUCGCCCAAGGCGGCGGAUGCGGAGGGCGGCGUUGUGGACCCUCUCUUCCUGGAAGGGCUGCGCCGUACGCUUCUCCGCAAGGCUGACAAGCCCGCAACCGCAACGGCAAGGCCCGCCGCCAUCCCCGUCAAGGUGCUGGUCACCGUCUUCUGAUGACGCUCCUCCGCCAUCUUGCCUAGCUAGCUAACUAGUUGGCCGGGACUUCGGCUCUGUACAAGAGCACUGCUCGCUUUAGCUGUAGCACUUACUUGCUUGGGGCCAUGCCGGUACCGCUGACACACGCGGAGGGCAUGUGUAAAGGGUAGUUAGGCCGUAACCAGGCGUGUGCCUUUGUUUCAAUCGUGAUUCCUGGCUGAUGCUUAGGUGGAGACAUAUAGGGCAGUUGAAGAUGUUGGGGAACCACCAUGGGCCUUCUUGGGAGAAGUAGGUGGUGUGAUACGGGGCGGGCCCUUAUUGCUUGAUCAAGUAGGUUGGCCGUACCAGGAACCUUGCCGAUGAGAACGUCAGAACCUAGCUAAGAACUCAAUAAUGGUUGGACUGAAAGUCUGAAACCCACGGCAUGCCCCGAUGGGGCAAGGAGCACUGUGCAAGACGUUCCUGGGAAACCCAGUGACUGCCACUGUAAAGCAAGUGCCAACUGCUCUUCGCCUACCCUGUGCCCCAUGUACGCAUGCACGCCUCUCGUACGCCUCUUGCUCGUGUGUAUGUGAGUGCCCCACUGGGCGUUGGGUCAUUGUGCGGGUAGACUUGACAAAUGCAUCCUGGCUGAUGGGUCGUGAAAACCGGGUAGGAACAGCUGCGUACGUGGACAGCAAGCCACGGGCGAUGCCUAGUAGUAGGUGCACGCAGUCGUGUCUCAUCUUGAUUGAGCACGAGCAAGGUUGCACCUACAGCUUUAUGCAGGCGGCGCGGCGAGUGUACUACAUACGUA